AUGCACGACUCCGAUUUGCACAGCCUCUCCGCUGGUGGGCCGUCUUCGGCUUUGCCGCCCUCCUCUCCCUUGCGGGCUACCUCGCCUUACAGAAUCGACAGAUCUGCGCCCUUUCCGUCUUCCGGUGCUGCGUUUGUUCCCCCCUUCUCGUUUUCCUCCGUCGCCUCCCCGGUGCGCUUCGCGGCGGGCGCCGAGGGCGCGGAGCGCGGCUUCGGUCAAACUGUGCGCGGAGGGUACGCAGGCAACCCGGAUGUUGGAGACGCCAGGAAUUCCUUCUUCGAUGCAACUGGCGGGACUUCGAUGAUUGCGGCAGCUGGCGGAUCUGCACGCGAGAAAGUCAGGAGAGAAGUGGGACAGUGCUCCUUCUACAAAUCACUUCUUCCAGCGGGCGCGGCCGCGGUGGGACGCGGCGGCAAGAAGGGCCCCGGGGGUGUCCAGCAGCUGCUGGGGAACGAAGAGGCGAAGCGCGAGAGCGUGAAGACGCUCAUCCGCUUCCUCUGCUACUCAGGCUUUCCGCAGCAGCUGUCGCCCAAGGUCUUCGCCGCGCCGCCCCGCAGUCUCCUCGUUGAGAUUUGGAGCCACCUCCUCAGGAAGGCCUGCGACGACAGCGUGCAGGUGACGAAUGAAAACGCUAACGAAGAAGUUCCGCGGCUUUUCAAAGAACUGGGAUACCCCCUCACGAUCGCCAAAUCGUCGAUGCAGGCACCGAACUCUGCCCAUCAGUGGCCGCUGCAUCUGCAUGCGCUGUCGUGGCUCUGCGAGCUGCUCAUCUACGAGUCUGAGGUCUUCAGCAGAGACUCCAUCUUGAAUCCGUCGCUCGACAGACACGAGGACCGCAUGCGCAGCGGCAUCCUAGUGGGAGAGGAGAUGAUCUCCCGCAUGCUCCUUCAUCACUACGCGCACUCCGGAGGCGGCCGAGACCUCGCGCCGCUGCAACAGACUCUCUAUGCCAAGAUCGAGGGAGAAGUUGAGCACCUCGAGAAAUCCAUCUCCGCUCGCGAGCGGCAACUGACGCGCGCGCAGCAGGAGCUCCGCAGCAUCUCUGCAGAGUUGGAAGCCAACGCCGCGCUGCCUCCGGAGCUCGAUCGGCUCCGCGCGGACUUGGAGAAGCUCAACGAAGGCCUCAAGCAGCAGACAACUGCCUUUGAACACCAGGAAAAGGAGGUCGAGUCCCAGCAGAAGCGGCGGAGCGCGAUGCAGAGCGAGAUUCAGCAAGUCGCUGCAGAGACUAAGCGCCUCGAGGCGCAAGUCAAGGAACAAGGGAUCAGCAAAGCAGAAGUCGAGAAGAUUCGCGGGGACAUCCACGCGCUGCGCGAGAGAGUCGCUCUGCGCGCGAAGGACGUCGACGCCCAGCAACUGCAGCUAACAGGCUUGGAGGAUGAGAUCAACCAACACGGCGAAGAGCUGCGCAUCACCACACGAACGUGUAACAGUCUUCUUCAGCGCUGCGCGCAAGACGCCGAGACCGCGAAGUUCGCCUCGCAGGCCGCGUGGCUGUCUCUCACCAAGUUCUCCACGAGCGCCUCGCUGUCUCUCGAUUCGCCGACUUCGCCUUCGUUCUCCCGCGGCGCCGGCAGCGCCUCGCUCUCCGAUGGAGGCGGAAGCGACGCAGCAGGGCUCGCUGCGCACGAGAGGCUGCUCGGCGUGCGGUGGAAGGCGUGGAAAGCGGACCUUCAGAGGCUGGUAGAGAGCGACUCGAGUUCAGACGCUCAGAGUCGUCGGGAGGACGAGCGGGUCGCGGCGGAGAUUGAAAAGCUGAAAAAAACGCGGCAGCAGCUGGAGAGUUCGCGGCGAACCGAGGAGCGGAAGAUCUCGGUGCUUCAUGAGGACCUGCAGAAGGUGGAAGAACAGGGCGCGCAGCAGCGGCAAGUUCUCUCUGAGGAGAUCGAGGCACUGCAGCGCGGCGUCGCGGAGCACCGCCUGGCAGUGGAGGGCGAGCUGCUCAAGGCGGAGCGGCGCGUCAACGACCUGCGGGCCCUGGAGGCGACGCGCGCGAGGGAGAACGAAGCGGAGGCCGCGGACAAGCUUGCAGACCUCCGCGCCGUCCAGGACGAAGGGACUGGCGAAAAACGCAAAGUCCUUCACCUCCUGCAAGACCUCACCGAGCAAAAGGAACGCGCGUGCGCAGAGUACGAACGCGAACUCCUCAACGUCGUCGCCAGAAGCGAAAAAUACACUCAAAAAAUAUAA